AUGUUCUUUAUCUUCUUCUUGUUUAUUAGUUAUUUAUUAAGUGUAUCAUAGAUAUAAUGUUUGAAAGUUGAAGUAAAAGAGAAAUGUUAAUGUUCAGAUCUAAAAAAUUAGAAUGAUUGUGAAAUAAAUUGUAAUUGGAAAAGAGAUGAAAAAAAAUGUGAGGAUCGAAUAAGCCUCCAAAAAUUUUAAGGAUAUUGUUCAAAUGUGUAUAUUGAUUGCAAUAAAAUAGAAGGUUGUGGCUAUAUAAAUAAAUAAUGUAUGCCUUUUACAGGUUGUACGGCUUUUAAUUAAAAAUCUAAUUUAGAUUGUUAAUCAUAUUCUUAUAAAUGUAUAACUGAUGGAAUGAUGUGUGUGGAAAAAGGGAAAUGUGAAUAAUAUAAAACAAAACAUUCUUGUAGAUAGAAUUAUGAAAAAUUUAUAUAGAAAGGUUAUUGUUUUUGGGAUGGGAAAGGCUGUCGAAAACCAAAGGAAUGUACUGAAUUACCUUUGAAUUUGAAUAGCGAUUAAUAAUGUAGAGAAUAAUUGAAUUGGUGCACUUAUUAAGAAAAUGGUGGAUGUAUAGAUUCUGGAAUGAGAUGUGUAGAUUAGAAAUUAUAAAAAUAAUGUAUUAGUAAUAAAUUAGGUACUUAAAAAUGUUAUUGGAAUGGAUUGAAAUGUAUGGAUUAUUUGUGUAAGUAUAUCGAUAAAGAUUGUAUUGAGAAUGGAUGCACAUAUGAAUAAAAUGGUAAGUGUAUAGAUAGAUAAGAAUGUUCGGAAUAUAAAAAUGAAGUCUAAUGUAGAAUAAACAAAUAAAAUGAAUUAUGUAUAUGGGAGAAUGGGAAAUGUUAUAUAAGAAGUUGUGAAAAUGCUAGUUUAGAAAGAAGAAACAAUGAAUAAUGUUAACAAAUAGAUUAGAAAUGCAUAACGAAAGAUGGUGGAGGAUGUAAAGAAAAUGGAGAAUGUGAUUAAGCUGAUAAUUUAGUUGGGUGUCAAAAAAAUAUAAGAAGAGAAGAAUGUUUUUGGAAUGAUAAUGAAUGUGUUUUGAAACAAUGUUAAUGGGCAUCUAUUUAUUAUUAAACAUAAGAAUUGUGUAAGAUAUUUGAUAGUAAAUGUGUAUAUAAUGGUUAAGAAUGUAUUGAAAAUUCUUGUAAUGCAUUAAAUAUAUAAGAAAAAUGUCAAUUAAAUUUUUAAUGUAAAUGGGUUAAUUAAUGUGAUUUAAAAACUUGUGAAAAUGCUAGUAGAGAUUUAUAACAUAUAAAUCAUUAAGAUUGUGCAAAUUAUAUGAAAGAAUGUACUUUACAUGAUAGGGGAAUUGGUUGUAUGAAUAUUAAAAAUGCUUGUUCUUCUUAUCAUAAACAAUCUUAAUGCUAUCAAUCUAGAUUAAGUUUAUGUGCUUGGUAUAAUAAUUAAUGCUUAGAAUUCAGAUGUGAAUAUUUUAGUCAUUCAACUCAUCAAGAUUGUAAUACUAUUUUUAAAGAUUGUACAACUAAUGGCAUUAUAUGCAUAUCAUUAUAAUAAGAUUGCUCAUCCUAUUUUAAUAGCAUUUCAUGUAAUAUUGAUUCAAACUAUUAAAAAUGCUUUUGGAAUAUUGACAAAUGUUAACAAAUUGAAUGUUAACAUAUACCUAAGACAAUUUCUUAUAAAAAUCAUUAAUAAUGUAAUAAUUUCAUUAAUACGUGCACUUCUAGUUAUUAUCAAUCUAAUUGUAUUGAAUUACCAAAUGAUUGUAAUUUAUUGGAUGAAUCAUAAUGUAAAAUAGCUAAAUGCAUUUUUGAUUAAGGAAGUUGUAGAUAUAGAAAAUGUAAUGAUCAUAGAGGUGAAUCAUCUAAAGCUAUUUGUGAAUCUUAUUUAGAUAAUAAAAUUUGUAUGAGAGCAUCAUCCGAUUAAGAUGGAUGCAUUGAAAAACCAAAGUAAUGUUCAGAUAUUAAACAUGAAUAUUAAUGUUUCAGUGAUAUCAAUUAAAGAGAAUGUCAAUGGAUCUAUUAAUAAUGUAUUGAUUCUAAUAAACUAUGUCUACAAGAUCAGAAUUUAUAAAUUUAAUGUAAUUAUUUUAAAGAAUGCACUGAUUAUAUAAAUGAAAACAUUAAAAGCAAUGAAAUAUGUGAAGAUUAUUUAAUAUCAUGCACUUUAGAUUUAAUUGAUAAAAUGAAAUGUAUGACUAAAAUGGAAACAAAUGAUAAAUUAUGUAGAUUUUAUGUAUCAUAAAAGAGAUGUAAAAUGUUAGAUUAUUGUUAUUGGACUUAAAACAAAUUAUGUAAGAAUUUGGAAGAGAAUUGUUCGAAUAUGUAAAAAUUAGAUUGCUAACUGAAUAAAGAUAUAAAAGGUAGAAAAUGUCGUUGGGUAGAUAAUAAAUGUAUUUUUGAAUGUCUUGCUUUAUCACCAUAAAAUAUUUAAUGUUCUUAAGUCAAUUCUCAAUGUGUAAUAGAUGAAAAACUGUUUGGUUGUACAAAUAAAUAUGAGAAUUGUUCAGAUUAUUCAAAUGAUCUAUAAUGUAUUGAUGAUUAAAGAUGUAUAUGGAGAAAUAUGGCUUGUUUAGAAAGACAAUGUAGAGAUAUAUUAAAAUAGAAUUAUAAUCAUGAUUAAUGUAAUCAGUAUAAAUCAACUUGCACUGUUGCUUAUGUUGGUGGAUGUGAUACUUUACUUGAUGAAUGUUCUAAAUAUCAAUAAUAGUAAUUCUGCUUAAUGAAAAUCAAUUAAUAAAAAUGUAUUUGGAAUGAAUUAAAUCAAUGUGUUGAUCUAAUCUGCGAGAAUAUUCCCAUUUCUAAUUGCCAUCAAUAUUUUCCAGUAAGAGAAUGCAUUUUUAAUCUUGGUACAUAAAAAUGUGAAUCAUUAAGAUAAAGUUGUAUUGAAUAUUUGGAUAAAGAUUCUUGUAUAAAGUAAUAAGAUGGAUUAUAAUGUAUUUGGAUAAAUGAUAAUUGUUAAUUAAAAAAUUGUGAAACAUUAAUAUUGAGUGAAUACUCUCAUGAGAAUUGUUUUUCAGAAAUUAAUAGUAUAAGAUGUACAAUAAAUAAUAAUAAUUCAGGAUGUAUAGAUUUGAAAGAUAAUUGUGAAGAAUAUGAAUUAGAAGAUUAAUGUUAUUUAACUAGAAAAUCUGAAGAAUGUUUUUGGGAUAUAAGUUGUAAAUUAAAGAAAUGUAAAGAUUAUAAUGAGGAUGAAUAAUGUUCUCCAUAUUCAUUAUAAUGUAUAAAUACAGUUUAUUAAUGUAGAAAUAUUUUAUGUGAAGAUUAUGAAUAUAAUAAUGAUCAGGAAUGUAAAUAGAAUGAUAUUUAAUGUACUAGUAAUGGUAUAAAUUGUAUAGCAAGAGUUGCUUGUAUAGAUACAUUAUAUUAAUAAGCAUGUAAUAUUGAUAUUAAUUAUAAACUAUGUGGUUGGAAUGAUAAUUUAUAAUUAUGUGAGUAUCUUACAUGUAAUGAAGCUCCUAAAGAAAAAAUAGAUUGUGAAUUCUAUUUUCCAUUAUAAGAUUGUAUUCCAUAAGCAGGUGGUGGGUGUUUAAAAGUAUUAAAUUGUUAUGAUUAUACAAUUGAAUAAUAUUGUAAUGAUAGUAAAUUAUUUAAAUGUAUAUGGAAAGAUUUUGCUUGUAAAAAUAAAGUUUGUGAUGAUUAUUUUGGUAGUACUUUUCUAUAAUGUUAAUCUUAAUAAUCUAAUUGUACUACAGACGGUAACAAAUGCAUUGAAAUGUAGUUAUGUUCAAAAUUAUCAUAAAUUUCUUGUAUUUUAGGAAAAGAUGGUCCUUGCUUAUAUGUUAAUAAUUAAUGUUUCUAAUUUUCUAGUUGUUAAUCACUACCUUUUAAAACACAUUAUGAAUGUUAUGAUUCUAUGUUUUCUUAAUGUACUUCAAAUGGAUCUAAUUGUAUACCUAUAACAACUUGUGAAGAUUAUAAUAAUUAAAUAUCUUGUAUUAUUGAUAAUAAUUAGCAAUUCUGUGCUUGGGUAGAUCACAAAUGUACAAAUCUAUAAGAUUGUUAAUAAUAUAAAUUAACAACACAUUAAGAAUGUUAAUCAAUUAAUCCUUCAUGCACUGUAAGCAAUAAUCAAAUAGAAUGUUCAAAUUUACAAUAUUGUUAAUAUUAUAAGUUACCAGAUAAUUGUAAAUUUAGUAAUUAUCCAAUUAUUAAAAACAAUUUUAUUCCUUAAUAAACAUGUAUUUGGACUUUAGAUAAAUGUUUUGAUGUUUAAUGUGAAGAUCUUCUUGGAUCUACUCAUAUUUAAUGCAAUAAAUAAAUGAAGAAGUGUACUUCUGAUGGUUUAAGGUGUUUAAUUAUUUAAGAUUGUGAGAGUUAUUCUAUAAACUAAUGCAAUGCAGCUACAAGUCUUAAAGGGAAAUGUUAAGCCACCUCUUCAGGAUGUUAAUUAAUUGAUUGUACUUCAUUAAAUGAUCAAUAAACAUGUAAUUUGUAUACCCAUUGUUAAUUCAUUAAUUAACGUUGUUAAUCUCUUCUAAAAUGUGAAUACUAUUAAACUCAAGAAGAUUGUACUAUAGGAUUAUAAAAUAGUCAAUGUAUAUUUAAGGAUUAAUCAUGUUAAUAAUCUAGGUAAUGCUCUGAUUUCAAUCAACAGAAUUUAUGUAAUCAAUAUGUAUGUCAUUGGAAUUAAAAUCGAUGUGAAGAACAUACAUGUUAAACUUAUUCCAAAAUCAAUAAAUGUACUUCAUUUUAUAAUUACAAUAAUACAUUAUUAACAUUCUGUGAUUAAGAUAACUAGUAAAAUUGUAUAUCUAUUGAUAACUUAUCUUCAUUUAAUUAAUCAAAUUGUUAUUAAUAAUCUUUUGAAUACUAUUAUUUUAAUUAAGAUAAUUAAACGUGUUAACCAUGUAAUAUUUAAAAUGAAACAAAGUUAAAUAAAGUUAAUCUUUCCCAACCGAUUCUAGAAAAUUCUUGGAUUUAAAUUUUAGAUUUAUUGAUAAUGAUUAUAAUAAUAUUAUGA